CCUGGGCAUCGGGGAGUACUGUGCGCCGGUCCCUGCACCUAACCAGCGCGGGGUGCGGGGCCCGGGGCUCAGGGACAGGCUGGGGAGGCGGACACCCGGGCCUGACCUCACCAGAUUUCUCCGGAAAGCCCGCGCCCCCCGCCGGCCACGCUCGGCUGUCUCCGCGCCCGGCGCUCGGCGGCGCUCGGCUGUCUCCGGCCGCUCGGCUCCGCGCUCGGCUCGGGUCCGCGGCCGCUGCGGCGCGAGUAUUUCUCCGCAGCUCGCUGGCGGCCGCGCCCGCCCGGCCCGCGCCCAUGCAGGCCAUCAAGUGUGUGGUGGUCGGCGACGGCGCCGUGGGGAAGACCUGCCUGCUGAUCAGCUACACGACCAACGCCUUCCCGGGAGAGUACAUCCCCACCGUUUUCGACAACUACUCGGCCAACGUGAUGGUGGACGGGAAGCCGGUCAACCUGGGGCUGUGGGACACCGCCGGGCAGGAGGACUAUGACCGGCUGCGGCCGCUCUCCUACCCUCAGACUGAUGUCUUCCUGAUCUGCUUCUCCUUGGUGAGCCCAGCUUCCUUUGAGAACGUUCGAGCCAAGUGGUACCCGGAGGUGCGGCACCACUGCCCCCACACGCCCAUCCUCCUGGUGGGCACCAAGCUGGACCUCCGGGACGACAAGGACACGGUCGAGCGGCUGCGGGACAAGAAGCUGGCGCCCAUCACGUACCCCCAGGGCCUGGCCAUGGCCCGGGAGAUCGGUGAGCUCGGUCAAGUACCUGGAGUGCUCGGCCCUGACCCAGCGCGGCCUGAAGACAGUGUUUGACGAGGCCAUCCGGGCGGUGCUCUGCCCGCCCCCCGUGAAGAAGCCGGGGAAGAAGUGCACUGUCUUCUAGAACCCCCCCGCCCCGCCCCCGCCCGCUGUCCUGUCCAGCUGUGUCCAGCUGUCUGCGUCCCAGUCUGC